GCCCCUCUUUCUCCCAUCUUGGAACCCUAGAUCUCUUCUCCCUUGCGCCCCCAUAUCUCUCCCCUCGCCCUCCCUGCCCUGCCCGAGCACCUCGAAGCCAUGGCCACCGUUGUCUGCGUGCCCACCGUCAUCCCCAUCGCCUAGGCCUGCGCCAGGAGCACCACCGGAGGCCGCCGCUUCUUCUUUGCCCACCAGGCCAAGCCGGAGAGCCCUCACGGUGCCGGAUCCAUCGCCUUCCACUCCGCCACGGCCGCCACACUUCAUCGGUCGAUCCGCUCGACCUCGCCCGCCUUCGGCCUCACCGAGACGCCUGCGACACUCUCUAUGAGCCCCCGGUCCCUCGCGACCUCUCCCCUCUCUUCCUCGUGUCCCGUAGAGGCACGCCCGAUCUAGUCUGAUCCCCGCCGCCGCCAGGGUUCGUCGUCGGCGCCCCUGCCAGCCGCCACAACAUCUGUUGCCCUACUGCAGCCGCCCACUGCGGCCUGCCGUGCUGCCCGACUCAGCCUCGCGCCCCCUCCUGACCAAGCCCACCUCCGCCUCACGCCCACGGCCACGACCAACGGCGCCCGACCACGCUCCCUGCACGCCAUGCCUACUACUUUGUCGCUGCUGCUGUUGCCUGCUUCCUAGUGCUACUUCUUGCUACUGUUGCCGUUGUUGGCUGCUCCUCAUGCGGCUGCCACUGCUAUCUAUUGCUUUUGCUAGCUGCUGAGCUGCUAGUCUGCUCCUUUCCCUGCCUGUUGCUGCUGCCUUGCGGCUCGACUGCUAUUUUAACUGAUGCUGCUGCGGCGCCCAGCCGCACUCGCCGCUGCUUGCCGGCCCACGGCCUUCUACGCGUGCUUGUUGUGCUGCACUUCGGCCAUAGCCGGCCAGAUAUGCGUGCACACAAAGCAUCCGGCGCUCCUACGCAUGCCUUGCAUGCUCAUGUGCGUGCUUGCAGCCAGCCAACAUCGAUUUGUUUAGUGUUAGGUAAACUUGGUUGGCCCAAUGACAUGUACCUCACUUUAAUUCUACGCUAGUUUAAUUUUUGUGCCAAUGACAAGUGGGCCACCACCUCUAGUUUUGACCAGUCAUUUUGACUGUGUUGACCAGCCCCCUGGGUCCCGUUGUCAUACACAUGGGCUAGGUAGCACUAUGUAACAAAAGUAUUUUAUUGUCUUAUUUUUGAAUUAAAAUAAAUUCAUAAAAUGAUUAAAACUUUAGAAAAUCAUAUAAAAUAAACCGUAGCUUAGAUCGAAAUAAUUUAUAUAUGAAAGUUGCUCAGAAAAAUAUGAAGAAUCUGAAAUGCCACGAACAUGCAACCAUCCCUCUUCUGUUCGUCUGUCCGAAAAUGCCGAACACCAGGAAUACUUUCCCGGAUGUUUCCCCCCUUCGCUGGUAUCACCUAUCCCUGCGUUAGAUCAUUCCUAGCACCGCGUAUUGCCUUGUUAUAUUUUGUGAUGCCUUGUUUGCUUCGUAUUUAUUGUUUCUUCCCCCCUCUUCUUCUCCGGUAGACCCCGAGACCGGUGCUCAUGCCACUGAGUACGACUAUAUCAACGACGACCCGUCCUUCCUUGCCAGAGCAACCAGGCAAUCCCCCCUUUGAUUAACCAUAUAUCGCCCACUCUCUUCUCCCUUAUUCUUGCAUUAGGUUUGCUACUGUUAUUGAUUCCAUAGCUCCUAUUCUGUUGCAUAGCUUGUCAUUGUUGCGAAAAUGCUUAAGGAGCUCUUGGCGAUUCCCCCCACUGUAAUCCAUCCCAUCCACCAGCAUUGGGAUUCGCACUCACUAUAUUAGCUCCGCCGUAUUCACAACAUUUAACGUGUAUUAUUCAUUUCUACAGUACGGUAUAUAAACUGAACAGUGCAAUGCGCUUUCUCCUUUGUCCAGGCAAUUUCACAUCAUCCUGUCCUUCUCCCCACUCGCCCGCCAACUCCCAACCACCCAUCUGGAUUUAAUGCUCACGCUUCACAAUCUCCUACAACGGCUCAAUUCAAAGCUACAACGGUCAUCGGCUCAAUCCAAAGCUACAACGGUCAUCUUCCUCUUCUCGUCAGAUAUAAAAUGCUUGCAGCUAGCAGCUUCCUUACUACUCCAUAUCAUACCGUCAAGAACAUUUCAUACCACCCAUUCAGAACAGCUUCCUCCCUUGUACAUGGUUCUCAUUGCCAUGUCUAGCUCAACCCAUCCCAUGUCAAGCUCCAGCUCCCCCCUUGUUUCUCUUGAGGAGCAGCCACCACUUCCACUCAUGAUCUGCCCUUUCUACAACAAUGGUAUGGUUUAGUGGUGGGUCUCUUGCACGUCAAACAAUCCAGGCAAGCACUUUUACAAGUGCGAGCACGAAUGGGUAUGUCCUAAUUCUUUUUCCACUAUCUCUGUUCUAUCCUGUAACCAUCUUCCUUUUUUCUUCCGAUUUUGCCAGACUCACAAAUGCAACUUUUGGAAAUGGGAAGUGAACUACAUCAACAUCAUAUGAGCCAAGUGGCCGAGGCUGUUCACCGUCCCUUCCCGCGAAGACAGGAAAUUCCACCGCAUCAUCUUCGUUCUCCUUCUGGUCAAUCUGCCCGCUCUGCUCUUUGUAUGCUGCAAGGUCGCAUGAAGCCGCCGGGAGCUCUCCCGACUAAUGCAUGUCCAUCAAGUUCAAGCCACUCUUUAUUGAAUAAAUUUGUUUAUCUGUAUUGUCUAUAACCAGUUGCCAUCCACUUGCAAAUUCUAUUUUUUAUUUUAAUCCACCUUAUGAUUAGAUGUUGUAAUCAUGUAUCAGAACUAGUACCCCUUUCACGCAUUCGUAAUCAGAUUUAUGAUGUAUGAAUUUUUAAUUAUCCACCUUCUCCAUUACCUCUGUCAUUAUUGUUCAUUAUUUACGUCCAUCCCACACCACAUUGUACCAUCUCUCAAUAAAUAACCUCUCACCCCAAAGUCAACAUUCCCUGCCCAAAAGGCUGCUUCAACAGGCAUAAAUGCUCCUGUGCAACCAUCAAUAUCGUCCACCAGCUCUCCCAACACGCUUGCUUCCUCCAAUUAUAAACCCCCCUACACAUAUCUGCACAAAUGUAUUCCAUCCCAACCAGACACCCAAUCCGUCCACCCACGCCAUAGGCUUCACCACGCAUAGCAAGACCUGCUUUUAUCUAAAGAUUUCAUAUCUUCAUCAUUUAACCAAGGAUGUCAUAUUCACGCCCUAGUUCAUCACGCUUGAUCGAAGAGGUGCUAGAUGCAGCUGACCAACUCGAUGACAGCUCAAAUUCUCAUCCGGGAGGUUUAGCACCAACUUCACGCACGUCCGUAACAAAGGUUGUUUCUAUUGUUUCGUCUUUCAACGAGUACAAAAGAUUUCUUGUUAAUGAAAUUGGUUGGGGAGAGAUUCUUAAACUCCCAGCACUCGCCCGACUUAAUCUACGUUUUAGCAAGUGGUGGAUGAGUCGUCUUGAUGGGCCUUCCAUGUCUGUACACCUAAAUGCCACUAAAAGGCUUCAUUUCUGGCCUGGAGAUGUUCACAAAGUAUUUGGUGUGCCAUGUGGGCCCAAAAAUAUUCUUGGGCCGGAUGGCCAAUGCUCAGAAACGACUAUACAGUUCCUACGUUCUGUUCUUGGAAUGCCAAAGAAGGGAAAUCAAGUUCUAAAAGCUGCUGAAUCCAACCUCACUCGUCCUUUGUCUGAGCAUUGUUCUAGUAAUUUAGAGAAAGAUUGUUUCAAGAUGGCAUUCGUUAUUUUCGUUAUCGGCCACCUUCUUGCUCCUUCUAACAAGCACGACACAUCAAUAAUUGACUAUUGGGGAGAAAUAGCAAACACUGAUAGGAUAGCUGACUUUGAUUGGUGCAACUACGUUCUAUCCGAUUUGAUUUUUGCAUCACAACAAGUUCAAUCAGACAUGCGCAAUAACAAGUUAAAGACCCAUCUUCAAGGAUGUCACGUAUUCCUCCAGGUACGACCCGUAGAUCUACAUAUGUUAUUAUUACUUGUUGUUUUUAACCGAUUCCAUGCGCUACAAUUAUAAUUAUACUUCACACUAUCCAGGUAUUUGUUCUUGACAACCUAAACCUUAGAAUUAACAAUAUCCCUCACGAUACUUAUCCAAGAGUUGCCUCCUUCGACGAUAACAAAUUACGACGCAUGAUAUUGGCUACCACAAGUACCGACAAAUUAACGUGGGACUACUCUGGUGCUCCAGUACAACAAUUCGCGUCCUUUUUUUCAAUCUCACAACAAUGCCAUUGAAUUAUAUAUAUAUAUAUAUCCACCAAACCUCCGGUUUAUUAUUACUAUAUACAAAUUGUUAUUCAUGCAAAUUCACUUAAUAUAUUCUACUAUAUUUUAUUCCCUUUCAGAAUUGGGGCAUCGUUCAAUUCAAUUUAUAAUGCAACAUGGCCAUCAACCGCCAAUCGUGCUCACGUUUUUUUAUUCACGCGUUCUAAUUAUCUUACUUAUAUACAUAUAUUUGUACACAUUUUCCAAUUAUUACACAAUGUAAUCCUUUUCCAAUGCCAAAUAACAUACGUCUUUUCCAACGAAUUUUAAUAUAUUGCACUUUUAAUCCAAUAAUUAAUCUGUACAUUUCUCAUCAAAAAAUAACAUGCUUUCUUUCACAUGUUGUCCUUUUCCAAUGCAAAAUAACAAAAGUUUUUUUCUAACCACAAAUGACAAAAAACUUUGCCCAUUAAUGUUUUUUUUCAUUGCACACUAACAUAAAAACUUUUCACAUGCAAAAAAUCUAAUGUACUUAUCAAUUGAACAAUAAGAGUUUCUUCAACCAUAUUUUAAAACCAUUCACACAUUUCACAUUGAAUUAGUCAAUAAUCAACAUUUUAUCACAUUCAUUUUAUACAUCCCUUUUUUCAUCGCCACUUACAUGUCAAUCAUUACUUCAUAUUGUUUAUUAAUGAUCCCUACAUAUGAUUUCUAUGCUUUUCACCAUGAAUUACUAAUGGGCAUCAACUGCCAAUAGUGCUUAUGUUUUUUUUAUUUCGCCGGUAAAAUUAUUAUACUUCAUCACAUUUUCAUUUACACAUUUUUCCCUCAAAAUACAAUUUCAUCCCUUUUCAAUGCAAAAUAAAAUGUUUCUUUUCCUUCAAUAUUUAAUAUAUUAUCCUUUCAAUCGAAUAUAAAACCUGUACAUUUUUUAGGCACAUUAACACGAUCAUUUUCCAAUGAUUAUUAUUUUCCAUUCCAAAACAUCCUAAGUCAUUUUCGAUACACAAAUAACAUAAUUAUUUUUCCAUGUUUAUUUUUUAGAUUCAAUUAUAAUAAAUAAUUUUCCCAAAUAAACAAAUAAAACUUUUUUUUAGAUGCAACAAUAACCGUAUUAAUUUUCAUAAUCUAUACUUAAUUAUCUAAGUGCACCGUUUAUACUUUAUUAAAACAAUUCCUUCUUUCCUCACAUUACUUAAGUAUUAUUUUUAAAGCAUGCAUACAUUACACAUUGACUAACCCAAUAAUCAACAUUUCCUCACAUUUUCUACAACCUGUUUUUUGAAGCACUUUCAUGUACAUCAAUAUUUGCAUUCCUAACAUUUAUCACUUCCUAACCUAACCUUUAUCAAUAAUCACACAUUACCAUUUUUUUACAUUUUACAAUAACGUCAUGACAAACUGACAAACCCUUCACAAGUUUUAAAUUUCAAUUAUGUUACUAAUGCUAAACAGCUAUCGCGUCCAACGUCACCGUCUUAGUCCAAACAAAUUACUAAUUCAAAAUCUGUCAGUAAUACUCAGAAAUAUUUAUCUAACCAAACAUGACGACUUAUUGCACUAAUAUACAACAUUUAAAUAGCUUUUGACCUUUAUUGUAUUCAAUAUUAUAGAUUUCCCACAAAAGAUGGUUUUAUUUCCGAAAAAUUCGUAGUACUUCUCGGGCGCUAACCCACGAUAAUUGUUUAUCUGACUGUCUGCAGAUACGAUCACCCCACGAUAAUUGUUACACAAGGAGUACAUUUGACUUAGCCGCUGAAAAUCUUUCCCAGACAAUGCCGCAACGUAAUCAAUCACCUACUCCUACUUUACGUCCUACCAUACCUACAUCUACAUCAUUAUCUCUGAAGACACCACGAACUCCAACCACACCAGCCGUUCCACAUACCACUGUCCACGACUUUGCUAACUACAUGAAGUCCAAUUAUCCUCAUAUGGUGUCAUCUGAUAUUGGUAUACUUCUAAGACGCAACAAUGCCAUUGUAACUAGAGAAGCCACAUCAUUGCGGAGUUCCAUUCUACGCGAGACCACGGCAUUUCUUGACAAACUAAUGUCCCUUCUAUCUUCAAGUUGUAUUUGUUGUAGCAUUCGGUCUCUUCCAUGUAUAAUGCAGAGUUCGCCUCCUAUGAGCACAACUCAUCAAAAUUUAGCUUUAAGUGGUCGUAAAUUGGACAUGUCAGAUUCUGAAGGUGAGACUUCCUCGUCCACAAGCAAGGUCCCUUUUUUCAACCGCACUACACAAGAUAGUGUCCCAACCACACACUCCAAGAAAUGACCUAGGAUUAACUCUCUUCAAGCAAAUUCUGUGACACCUCCGUCAUUUGCCACCACUUCAAAUAAGCCUUCAACACUACAGCUAGCUAAGACAUGGGCCGACACAAUCGCUUGUGGUGUUUUUAUGUUCAAUGAUGACCAAAACAUACCUGAUGGAGCCGUUACUUUUGCCCAAUUAUCUGAUCAGCUGCCUACUAAAUCAGCGUCUCGCCAUCUAAAGUACGCUACUGACCAUUGGACUGCACGUGCUUAUCAGCCUAAACUGAGUAUUGACAGCCUUGCUUCUGUUGAACAAUUCAUGAACAAACUAUCUGAAGAUGUUGCUAGGAGGCCUUGGGUCAGACAUGAUUAUCCAAGAUUCAUUUCAAUCAAUGGAUCUUCCAUUAGAGACCAGUUAGUUGGUGAUACACCACUAGACCAUGAAGUAUGCUCUUUAAUCGUCCGGACUAUUGUUAUUAAUGACAACAUUUUCCUAUAUCCCUCAGACGGCUUUUGGCGUAUUUUCUUUGAACCAGAUUUAUCGACAUGUAUUCUUGCUGGUGAGAAUCUAUGGGAAGUACGCUCCAUACAAAACCAAUUCCUUAGCCAACGAGCGUCAACUCAUCUAUCGAAUUGUAAAAUGUUCAUCAUGCCGGCAACGCUUCAGACUGGCUGGUGUGCUUACGCAUGGGACAUGGAACGCAAACUUAUACACAUACUAAACCCUUGUGCCGACUCAGCCCAAUAUAGCUCUCUAAAUACCACACAUGAUUGCAUCGCCGACAAACUUCAUGUUGGCCUUUACUCCUGUCUAUUCAAAUUUUUCAAUACCUGGCACGUCGACUGUUUGAAUUGGAAGAAAGUAUAUGAUAUACUUGCCUCCGAAGUUUUCACCAAGGAUGAAUCUGGCUUGGCUAUGAUUCAAAUGGCCUGUUCUUUCAACGGCGUUGGUGUGUCUGAAAUGCUUAACAAGAUAAAUGUGAGGAUCCAGAAAAUUAAUUUGGUUGCAGACGUUGCCAAACUCAUUCACAACGCCGGAGAACCGCCUGUCAAGCUUCACGCCAUAGUCAGCUAGAACAUUUGUCAUAUGGAUUGUUCCAUGUGUUCUGAUCAUAUACUAUUUAUUUUAUGUUGCAUUCAAUAAGUCAUGUCUUUGGAAUGUAAUAUUUACUUACUUUGUUUGCCAAGUUAUAUUGAAACAUUAAUGUUCUGAAUUUGACGUACUUAAUGUCCCUCUUCAAUUCAUAAGUCACUCUUAUUCCGUACAUUUGAUACAUUUUUUAUAUUUACUUACUUUGUUUA